AUGGUUUCAGGGAGACCUGGGACCCCAGUGGAGAGAGCAGACGGAUCUCUUGUUUGCAAGUACCAUGGGCUCGUCUUGUGCGGGCGCUGCAUGGUUGAUUACAGCUUCAUACUAGAUGAAUUGAGGGAAGAGAAGUUUCAAACGCCUCCAAGACAGGAUGAUCAGGACAACAAGAAGCCAUCCACAGCCAGUACCAGCGGUCAAGGAAAUUUUCCCAGCGAUACCUCAUCUGCCACUCAAAGCCUCCCGGUCCGAUUCCAGCCUCCUCUAGCCAGCGAUUGUCCCCUUACCCUCUUCACCUAUGGGGAAAGCUCAUCCUUCCACCGCUUUGUCCGAAAGUCGAACCCCAAGGAAAUCCUCAUCUACACUGAUGGAGCUUGCCUGGACAACAAAAAGACGGGAUCAAUGGCCGGCUGUGCGUUUGUCAUCCGUCCAGGCGAGCCUCUCAGUUACGGACGAGUGGCCUUCCGUCUUGAGAAUAUGGGUCCACAUGGAACUGUAGAAGCGCAAACCCGUAAGCGUGCGGAGCUUCGCGCAGUCAUCGGUGCUCUACAGUUCCAUCCCUGGCAUGGAGAGGAAUGGAGCCAGAUAGUAAUUGCGACGGACUCGCAUUACGCGGUGAAUGCCGCAACACAAUGGGUGAGUUCAUGGGAGCGAAAUGGUUGGAAAACGUCGAAGAAGCAGCCGGUACAGAAUCGCGACCUAUGGGAGUUGUUCCUUCGGGAGAUUAAAGGGCUUGCGGAGAAGGGCGUGAAGGUCCUGUUCUGGCACAUACCCAAAGAUUCUAACGAUGAGGCACAUGCUGGGGCAGUACAGGGGGCAAAACUCAGGGAGGUUCCAAGGUUUCUUAAGCUCUCGGGGCUCACCACUGGCCGGCCUGAACUGGAUUGGACCUAUACUCUGUAUGCCCUGGAUUGA